AUGGACAUCCUGAAUGUUUACCAAUAUGCUGCCAACGAUAAGCCCGACACACCUGACCAUAGGCAUCGGUUUCUUCUAUGCCUGCAACGGUGUCUUUCAAGCCUACCUCGGCGUCAUGCCCUCAUACUCUCUGGUGACUUCAACAGCACUUGCAGUCCUGUGCCGAAGGUCUGUGGGCCGCACGUGCUACCGGUUGUGGAGACGCACACAUCGGACUACAUGGACCUGCUCCACCUUUGUGAGGCGCAAUCACUAGUGGUUCUCAACUCCUGGAAGGCUCCGUCCUGGGAGCACACCCUGGCUACCUUCACGUUCGGUAAGCUACAAUCACAGAUAGACUACAUGAUGGUCAGGCACAGCAUGGCAACUGCCGAGGCCAGGAAGGCUGGGGUCAUUCGACUCUAUCCGGUCGCCAGCUGGAGGGAGGGAGCGAAUCACCAUGCGGUGAAGGCUACUCUUCCCCUUCCUCGACCGCUUUGGCUCUCAAGGCCGAAACCGACUGCUGUGCACCAGAUUGACGUGUCUCAAAUGAUAGCCGACAUUAGGGCUACCACUCCGACUUCGGCGCCCAGUGCUUUUCGAGAUGAGGUUGCUGAUUGUGUUCAACCGAAUCUACACAUGAUGGAUAGUGUCGUCCUUCAGGCAGCGAUCAAGCACUACCCCAAGAAGGAGCCACCGAAGAGGCCCCCUACUCAGCCUGAGGAACUCGCCAGCAGUGCCAGACAUCUGUGGGCUUUACACCGCCAAAUGAAGGCGCAGAAAUUUACCGCCAAGGGCAUCAUGGAGGCCUGGAAACUCUGGGCUCAGUUUGCGAAGGCUCACAAGAUCUACAAACAGAGAGCAAAAGCACGCUCGAAGGUCAAACGGGAUGAACUACUUCAACAGGCUCAACAAAAGCUGCAGACAAAGGCAAUUCCCAUGACAUGUGGAGUCGCGCCGAGAAGUCGACACAAAAAGGUCCAACUCUAUAAGCACGGCCACCUGAUGACCUGCACGGCGGAGCUGGAUUGGAUCGCGGAGGCCUUUGGGGACCGAUUUGGGGCCCAGUUCUCAAGUGCGCCAGGGGCACUUCUACGACAGCGUGCGCCUGUUCAGCUUCAGGCCGACCACGUGCUGGAGGAGCUCCUGAACAUCCCUGUACGCAAGGCCGUCCCUCCUGGAGCUGUCCAUGAAGACUGGCGGGACGACCAUGUUCAAGUUCACCAAGAUUGGGCUAAGGCCGAUGUUGCCCUUCUUCCCAAAGGGAAACCCAAUGCAAGCUCUCCAUUGGAUCUAAGACCCAUUGGCCUGCAGCACCCGGUGGGGAAAACCAUUAUGAAAGUAGUCCUCUCGAUGGUAAAGGAGGAAAUGGUCGAGAUGGUGCGGAAAUGGCCUCAGACGGCCUACCUGCCAGGCCGGUCGACCAUCACAGCUCUGAAAACUGUCUUUGCUCAUUGCGAUGCCGUACGGACACAGUGUGCGCGCACUAGACAAAGCCUGCAUGACAAGUACGAGGGUGUCAAUGCACCUCCCUUUUCCGGAGGUCUACAAGUAAGCCUGGAUCUGACAGCUGCGUUUGACUUAGUGGGCUGGCAGCACAUCAAGCAAGCGAUGGAGAUGGCUCACAUCAAUGAAUCUGUUCAGGAGCUUCUCUUGCAAUGGCUUCGUCAAGUGGUCUAUGUGUUCCACCAUGGCCGGGACUCCAGGUCGGUGCGACCCCACUGUGGACUCAGACAAGGAUGCAUUGCAUCCCCUAUGCUUUGGAGCAUCUUUACUGCUCUUCUAUGCCAGGCUUUCGAUGCACAACUUCGCACCAGCUGGUCGGGCGAGCAUGCUGUGUUGUUCGCCGACGACUCACACUUACGAUGGCAGUUUAGCACCUUCACGGGACUUGAAACCGCCAUCACGGAGCUCAGGACCAUCUUGAAGAUCUUCGCUCGGUUUGGUAUGAAGGUGAACGAGAAGAAAACUCAGGCGCUUCUGAUGGUCACGGGCAGUGAUAAGGGUAAGGUGCACAAACAUUAUGUUCGCACUGGGCAUGAGGGCAAGCGACUUCUACUUUCACCGAAGGAUCCCACACGAUGGUUGCCGCUGGUCACCCAGGCUCCCUACCUGGGUCUUAUCAUUGCAUAUGAUCGGUUUGAGGCCCUCUCCACCCGACAUCGCAUCUCAAAAGCGAACCAGCGCAGAUGGGCUCUUGCCCCGGUGCUACACUCUCGUCGGUUGGGUGAAAUACAAGUUGCAGGUGUGGCGCUCUUGCGUGCAGACGACGCUCCUCUACGGGCUACAUGCUUUCGGCCUGACGCCCAAGCUGAUGCGCGAGAUUCAGUGAAACAUAUCCGGGCUGUGGUAUCGGACCCUAGACAUGUUACCGGCCAUACGCAUCAGGAAGUUCUUGAAAAAUAUAACCUGGAGGCCAUGUACACCCUCAUUGAACGUGCACAUGAUCGUGUACGGGCAGAUGGCGGGAACCCUGAUUGGAUGGCACUACCGGAGUGGGAUGAGCAUAUCUCUCAAUGCUUGAAGGCAGUGACCAUGGCCACCUCUGGCCAGGACCCAGACUCUGAGCCUGAAAACUGGGCAUGCCCGGAGUGUGAUUCCUUCUUCAGCUCGGCGGCUGCCUUGAAGAUUCAUGCGUAUCGAGCACACGGCAUCCACAAGCCUCUUCGCAUUUUCGAUAGAGCCCGACACGCUGUGAAAGGACUACCCACACGUAGGUUCUGCGAGAAGAGAUUUGCUAGAUGGCAAACGCUGGAGCAUCAUGUAAACGCCUUGGCCUGUCCCAGCAUGCUUGUGGAACACAAGUUGGAUAAGAACGGUCGAGCACAGAUGGAAGUACGAGUACCAAGCCUCGCCCAUGAUGUAGAGGAUCCUGCAAAUGACAGUGACGCUGAUGUUGCCUCUGCACACACUGCGAUCAAUGACCCACGACCUCUUGCACAACAGCUCUUGGUUCAACAGACUGCGCAACAGGGUCUACGAUUCUUCAUACAACAACCCCAUAUUACGCGACAGCUGCAUCAGCAUUGCGGAAUUUGUGGUUCAUGGGUGGCAUUGCAGAAGGUGAUGAAGCUUCACUAUAGGAGCACGCACCCUGAGAUUUUUCCAGCUAGGCAGAAAGAUAUCUCACGCAUCAUUGAACUGAGUGCUACUCCUAGCAUUCGCUGUCAUUACUGCGGAUCGUCGCCAAAGGACUGGAAAGCUCACAUGUACAAGUGUACCACCAUUUGGCAGUGUGCAGUGCUAUGUUUGGUUUCUUUAGCAAGGGUCGUGCUCCAGCAAGAGCAGGAGAUCAAUCUGCUGAAGCAGGACACGUCAUUGGUCCUAUGGUUCAGUCCAGGGGGCGACUCGAUCUUGGGUCAUCUUUAUCGCACAGCUCUGGAGUUCAAAAAGAAACAGGCUGCCGAACCAACGUGGGGAAUGGCCCACAUGCCGCUGAAGCAAGUGAUGGCUCUCUCGAGGUUUCGCGAGCUCAAGGAAUGCCACCACAAGGUUCUCAACACAAAGGAGCUGCUGCAGCGUGCGCUGGAGAUGGGAUGGAGGGACACCCAAGGGUGGCACUUUCAACAGUGGAACCCGAAGCUCAAACAUCUAGAGCUGGACAAACCUCGGCCACAGCUUUCGGAUGUAGAUAUGUCGAACAAGCUCGAGCUUCUGACGGAGCAUGUCAAGAGGGAUGUGGUACAUCGUUUCCAUUGCACCAGGCGAUUGACAGAGACCAUGGACAGCAAGGCCACCUUCAAGCUGGACCUUUCAGUCCGGAACAAGCAUGCGGAGGAGAUUUGGGACAUCCUGAUCGAGCUCCAGGGAUGCUGUGUGUUUCAGUUGAUUGGGCUGGGCUACAGGCGGGAACGAUUGGGCAAAGGACCUCUGCGCGUCUUUGUGAAUCAGGCGAAUGCUUGCUAUAUGAACGCCGCGGUGCAGGUGAUGAAAUGGCUCCUUCAUGCCACUGGUAAUGGUGCGGACGCAUUGGGGACAGGCGCUCCUUUCUUUGAUUCUACAGCAAUGCGAGGGCAGUGCAUCACUCUUAUGCAGGUUCAGGAGUGGCGGCUUUUUGUCACUGGCUGGACGGAGGCUCAUCGACAGCAUGACAUUGCUGAGUUUCUGGGCUUUCUGCUUGGUGGUAUGGCUCCUCCUCUUUUUCAGGGCAUCUGGCAAGCACGCAGCGUUGCCGAAGGGGGACGUGUUCAAUGCAUUGAUCAGGGGCCUUGUACUCAGCUGCUCACAUUACCACUGCCUCGUGGACCACCUGGUCUUCGCGCGACGGUCAAGGUACAGUCGAUGAUUGACAUAUGGCAAAACGGCCGGGAUCGUACUCAAGGCCUGCAUCUGCCGCCUCGUAUCCUAGCCGUUCAACUGCUGCGAUUCAAUCAAAAUGAGGGGCAUGUAAAGAAGACCCGAAUGGAGGUGGAGCUGGGGGAUCCUUGGCUCUCAAUGCCGACUUUCACCAAUGAGGGGCUUGAGCGGACACCUGUGCACUACCGACUGAGUGCCUACAUUGUUCAUCAUGGGCUUACGCCCAAAUGUGGUCAUUACACGGCUGCUUUACUGGAUCACUCUAGGGGCAUUUGGCUUUGUGAUGACAAUCGCACUCCUGUUUCCCGCCGUCUCAUCAACGAGAUGUUUAUAUACUGA